AUGUCCGUCCUGGCCAACCACCAGCUCCGGCCCGCGGCGUCGUCACGCGCCCCGACGCGCCGUCGCGCCCCAGCCCCUCGCGUCGCCACCGUCGCGCGCGCCUCGUCGAAGCAAUCCUCCCCCGACGACGACGACGCAUCCAAAACUCAUCAUCGCCAAAACGCGGUGGGCGCCCUCAUCGCCGGCGUCGCCGCCGCCUCCGUGGCGCUCACCGCCGUCCCGGACGUCGCCCUCGCCAAGACCAAGCCGGCGACGGAGACCCCCGGCGCGAGCGCCGCCACCGAGCUCAACGCCGCGGCGCUCUACGACAAGGUCUCCGCGGCGAACCAGGCCAAGGUGGCGACGCCUCCAUCCGUCGACGCCGAACCUAACCAAGCGGUUGUCGCGUCGUCGGGACCCAAAAAGACGACGCGCGCGUUCGAUUCCUUGGCGGACUUCAAAGCCGAGCUCGCCGAGGACAUGGUGACGACGCCGUCGACCGCGAAGGAGCCCAAGAAACCCACUCAGAAGACGUUCGACGCCUCCUCGGCUUCCACGCAAAAAGAGACAUUCGCCGCCAAGCUCGACUCGUCCGCCCAAAAACGCGCCGAGGACGACGCAAAGUACGCCGCGCUGCGCGCCGAGUACGAGGCGAAGAUGGAUCGCAUCAGAGCCGAGCGCCGGUUGCAGGAGAAGGCGCGCGUCGCGUCACAAAACGCGGAGGUGAGAGCCAAGAAGGACGCCGCCAAGGCCAAAUCCGACGAGGUGGCGUUAAAAAACGCCGCUCGAGAGGCUGCGUUCAGGGCGGAGCAGGACGCCAAGGCAGCCGCCAAGGCUGCGGCACGGGCCAAGGAGCAGAAGAAGAACGCGGCGAGCGAUAAGAAGGCGGCCGCCGCCUCGGAGAAGAAGGCGCGAGAGGCGGCGAAGAAGAAGGCUGAGGCGUCGGCGGCUGCGAAAAAGGCCAAGGUGCGUUUAUUUUAA